AUGUUCUUCCAUGUGAGUAAUAAUAUCAUUUGAUAUACUUUACCAAGGUUUUUCUACAUACCAUAUGUGAUACUGUCAUACUGACAAAUGACAAUACAUCGACACAUACAUGAUAUAUGUAUACAUAAUUUGCUAGAGGUAACAGACAGGAUUGGACAGUUAAAAUUUCUUGAUCAUUAUUAUCUGCAGAUAUCUCUUGAACAUGAAAUUCUGCUCCAUCCUCGUUACUUUGGUCCCAACUUGCUUCAGACAGUGAAACAAAAGUUGUUCACAGAAGUGGAAGGAACAUGCACUGGAAAGUAUGUUUUCAUCAAGCCUUUGUUUACAAUAUACUAGUAGUCCAGCGGAUAUGCACAGAUAUUUGAGAAAAUCAUGCACUUUGUGAAGAAAGCACCAAAUUCACAGGUAGUGUAGACUUUAACAUGAUGAUGAAUCUUAGAUAUGGAGCCAUCACCAGAAAUUGAUGCUGACAGCUUAAUAUUUAGGAUUUCUUACAUUCUCUUAUUAAUCUCGUAUACAAUUAAAAAUUGUGAAAUUGCAGGUUCACAUAUAGCAAAAAUGACAUGCGUCAUUAGAAAGCUUACAAAAAACUGCAUAUAAGACAUUUAAGCAGUUACUUUGAUUUUCCAACUCCUCUGUCAGUUAUGAGCAGUUGAAAAUAUGUUUUAGGGCUAGUGUCCAGGACUUUGGCGGGAUUUUUGCCUAUUUAUCACGUUUUUAAAUAGCAAUAACUGGAAAACUGCUUGGAAAAUCAAUCAGCUGUUUAAAAGUCUUAUAUGUAGUUUUUUGUAAGCUUUCUAAUCAUGCAAGUCAUUUUUGCUAUAUGUGAACCUGCAAUUUCACAAUUUUAAACAGUAAUAGAGUUUAAUAAGAGAAUAUAAGAAAUCCUAAAUUUUAAGCCGUCAGCAUCAAUUUUAGUGAUGCCUCCGUAUCUAAGAUUCAUUAUCAUGUUAAAGUCUACACUUCCUGUGAAUUGGGUGCUUUCUUCACAAAGUGCAUGAUUUUUUACUUUUCCGCUGGACUAUAGAUAACUUCCUGUAUAGCACCGCAAAAAGCACCUAUCCAAUAUGGGACGUACAACUCUGUUACAAUAAUUCCUCUGAAAGUAGCGUUCCCAAAAGGUACGGAUAGGUGUAUUUCACAUCAAGCCCAAGUUUCAAUACUGUCAUUCUUAUCUAACAAUAAACAGGUACAGACAUUGUCUACUCUCAUGUGAAACUUGUCAAGGGUAUUUUGAUAGGUUUUCAACUGAUAAGCUAAUGGUUUUAUCUCAACAUUUCACAUUAAGAACAGUUCUGGAGGGUUGCCCCCCUUCCCCCCCCUGGCUAUGUCACUGCAUUACCUAUGAAUAUUCAUCUCCAUGUAGAUAUGGUUUUAUUAUUGCUGUAACUACCAUUGAUAAUAUUGGUGUUGGUGCAAUUCAACCUGGUAGAGGCUUUGUAGUUUAUCCUGUGAAAUAUAAGGUAACAUAUAUAUUCCCUUUUUGUCAACUGUAAAGUAAAAUCAUCUGUUGAUAUUAUAAGAAGGAAUGCAUCUAUAAUUGUGGCACAUUGCUGCUUGAUCAAUUAAAGUCAAACUGAAAUAAUUGAAUACUUGGCUUUCUUAAUCAAGCUUUUGUUUGUGGUGUAGGCAAUUGUAUUCAGACCGUUUAAAGGAGAAGUCCUAGAUGCUGUGGUCACACAGGUCAACAAGGCAAGUGUUGAAAAAAUAUUGUGUUAGCAUGAUUAUAGUUUCAGCUUGAUAUGUCAUAGUUUUAAUUAAUCCAUUAACCCAUUGAGUGACAGCACUCUCCCCCUGACGAGUAAAAUUGUCUGGCAUUAGACAGAGUAAAAUAAUAAAGUAGGGUGCAUCUGGGUGCAUUGCCACUUGAAGGGUUAAAGUGCAAGACUCUCCCCUUGAUGAGUAAAAUUGUCAGGCUUUAGAUGGAGUAAGAUAUUGUAGGGUGCAUAAAAUAAGUACAUCUGUACAUAUGGAUGCAUUGCAUCUUAAUGAGUUUUAAAGUGAUCUUCAACAAAUGCAGAUUGAAAGAGAUGCAACUUAAAACCUUUCAAGUAUAAGCAAAACUUUGACAUUUUGAACAAAGGCCCUUCGUUGGGAAAUCAGUAUCCAAUAUUGUCAUAUUUUGUUUGCAGGUUGGAUUGUUUACAGACAUUGGGCCACUUUCAUGUUUUAUCUCUAGACAUGUAAGUAUAAUCUUGUGUGCAUAUUGCAGAUGAUCAUCAAAUUCUUUUUCAAAUUUAAAAUUAAUUUUUAACUCAACUCCUUCUCCCUUUAGUCCAUUCCACCAGACAUGAAGUUUGAUCCACAGAGUAAUCCACCAUGUUAUAAAACAGAAGAAGAGGUGGGGUCUGUUUUUGGUACUGUCAUGCAUAAACAGAUUUUCUGGGGAAGGGGGAAGCAAAAUCUGUCUAUGCUGUAAUGAUCAAAACCGUGGGUCAGUAGGUGCAUGAUUCAUUUGGUGACAAUUGUACUUUGUGUUGUAGGAUGUAGUCAUUCAACAACAUGAUGAAAUACGAUUACGCAUUGUUGGCACAAGAGUCGAUGCUAAUGACAUAGUAAGCUGUUUGGUUUCAGUUUUAGACAUUUUUUUGUCAAAUUGAAUGAGAAAUCAACAAUCGUUUGUCUUGCUUUCCUGGACAGAGAAAACUGCAUGUGUAAUUAGCCCAUGGUGUAAUCAGGGAUGGAUUACCUGGGGGGGGUUGGCACCCCCUAGCCCUGAGACAGGCACAGAUUUUCUGGGGGGUGCGGGGGUGCACACCCCAGAAAUGAUUUGCGCCCCCCAGAAAUGAUUUGCACACCCGCACCCCCAGAAAUGAUUUGCACCCCCCAGAGGCAUUUGGCACUGCCCCAAAAGUUUUUGCACCCCCGCAAAUCAUAUAUAUUUUGAUUUGAUAGUUUCAUAUUUGAUUAUUCUUACUAAUAAAUUUGUAAAAUUACCAAUAUUAUGGUCUCAGAUCUCGCCAUGCAGGCCUAGAAAACAAAUUUUGUCAAACUUUUUCCUUGGCCUUUCCGGGCAUUGCCACCAGGCCCCGGCCAAAGCAAGCAGCAGCACCCCCCCCCAGAUAUUAUCCACCCCCACCCCCGUACAAAAAUAUGAAAAUAUGUCUCUGCCCUGAGAUACAGUAAUUUGAGUAACAACAUGAUGAUAAUUGAUAAGCGAACUGUGAACAGCAAUUAUAGUUCAAAUACAGUAGUCAAGCAAAUACAGUAGUCAAGCAAGUACAGUACUGCUGUAUAUUGAUGGGCGGGCGGCGCAUGUAACCGACACAACUCUGUGCACCAUCUGGUAGAGCACCCCCCUACCAGAUCAUACUGGAUCCAUGCCUGGGUGUAAUCGCUAAUGUUUGUCUCUAUUUGUUUUAUUUCAGUUUGCAAUAGGAUCUCUCAUGGAUGACUUUCUUGGUAGGUUCUUGUAUCUGAGAAUUUGAGAACAUAAAUGUGAAAUGAUUAUUCUGACAUUUCUUUCACCAUUUUUCAUUUUUAGGAGUUGUUGGUGGAUAAUGUUGGAUAGAACCGUAUGCUGUUUUCAUGCACUACACCUUCCAUCCACCCAGGUUUGGUGUUGUAAAAACUGAUCUUAAACUGGACAAGUUUUCUAUUUCAAUAUUUUAACCAUUUUCAAAUUUAUAUUUAUAGACAUGUACAUACUUUAUAUCUUUGCUGCAUAAUUAGUUUAUCAAUAGCUAGAACUCCUGCACUUUUCAACCCAUAGUAAAAAUUUGCUGAUAAUGAAAGAGACUGGCAUUUUUUAUUCCCUCUAAUGAGCUGUGAACAAGGUUUUGUUCAUUUCAAGUUAUCAUCCAGAUGCCAUGCAUGAGCUCGUUCUGAGGUCAACUGUGAUUGGCCUGUAUCAAUGGUUGUCAUAAUUAAUUUGCUUUGAUGGAAGUAGAUUUGGUUCAUUCUCGUUUAAAACAUUUUCAUAAGCUAUUAAGCUUUAAUUACAAGCACAACGCAUCUCACUAUCGUAAGUGUAACGCCAAGUUUACGGAGUAUGAAAAAAUGAAAAUAAAAUUUCCUCCAUUCCUGAAUUUUCUCCUCCCAAAAUUUCCUGUACAGAGAGAUCAUUUUGGUAAUUUUCAGUUCAAUUUGCAAGCAUAAGGCAGUAGUUAUUACAAUAUCAUGAAAUAGUUAAUAUAUUAAAAGCAGGGAUAAUUGAGAACAUUUUCAAUGUUAAUUUGUACAGACUGCGUAUUCCGCAUCAUAUAUUUGUCCAAAAUUACUUCACAAAAGUGUUAUUUUCAUUUAUUUUUCACAAAAACUUGGUAAAAGCUAGUCGCAAAGUCAGACCACUUAAGUUUAUAUUUAUUUUAUAAAGAUAUUGUCUUUAAAAUGCUCUUGUGUGUUACACUUAUAAAUCAUUCAUUGUGAAUGAUUCUCCGAGUUAAGUUGUUGUCGCAGUCAGUCUUGCUCUUUUCAAUUGGGCGAAACACCUGCGCGUCUCGAUCUAUUGUCAAACGAAAAGUUAAAUGCUUGUGCCUUAAUACUGCAAUCUGAUUGGUGCACACUUUAUUAAAUUUGCUGCUAGAUUGGCCUCCUGUGAUGAGCACUCGCGAAGUUUAUAAUAUGUUCCCAUUAAUGAAAGUUGAUUAAAGAGGCCGAGGCAAACUGUUACUUAAAAUACGUCGAUCAAUAUAUCAUAAGAUCUUACUGAUACUGUCUGUAUAUUAUUGUAAUAGAAAAAUAAGCUCGUCAGUGAGUGAUAUUUAUUGCUUCGAGAUUAUACGACCUAGACUGAUAAAUUAGCGCUGUAUUGCAGUACAAUAAGAUUCGAGAACUUAACUCAUUUCAAAAUUGUUACAGAAUCAAAAUUUCGUUCUAAUUCUAAUUAGAAAGCUUUGGAAUUUUCCCCCAAUUCUAAUUUGUAUUGAGAUCUUGCUAAUACUGUAAGUCUAUAUAUUGAAAUAGAAAAAUAAGUUCUUCUGAGGGCGGCGGUAUUUAUUGCUUCGAGAAAACGUCAUUUGAAUUAUAUGACCCUGAAUAAAUUAGCGCCAUAUUACAUGUAAUAAAUCAAGUUUUCGAGGAUCAAAAUUUCGUUCUAAUUCUAAUUAGAAAACUUUCAAUUGGAAUUUUUUUCCUAAUUCUAAUUUGUAUUGAGAGAAGUAAUACUGUAAGUCUAUGUAUUGAAAUAGAAAAAUAAGUUCUGAGUGGGUGGCGGUAUUUAUUGCUUCGAGAAAACGUCAUUUGAAUUAUAUGACCCUGAAUAAAUUAGCGCUGUUUAGUGUAUUAUACAUGUAAUAAAUCCAACAUUGUUGCAAAAAAUUUCGUUCUAAUUCUAAUUAGAAAGCUUCGGAAUUUUUUCCCCAAUUCUAAUUUGUAUUAUGUUCUGAAAUCAUUUAAAAAAAUUAAACUGAGUUAAAAAGAAAUGAAAUUUCCUCCUUUCCUAAAUUUUCUCCUCCACGUGUUAGUGGCAUAGUCAUAGACAUGGCUUGAAAAAAGUCAUAUGGAUGACCAGUUUCAUAUUAUUCUGACACUACAAUCGGCCAACGAAAAAUUCGUUGGCUCGAGCGGGAUUUGAAAUUUAAAUUUAAGUGUGAAACUUUCUUCAUAUAUUAUUUAUGGCCGGAAUUCUAACACUGUCAUUAGCCGAAUUCAUAUUAGAGACGGGAAACUGGUCUCAGACGGGAAACUCGUCUAAUAUGAAUCCGGGCGCAGACGAGUUUCCCGUCCGAACUUUCCCGUCUAACAAGUUAGACGGGAAUCUCGUCUAGACGGGAAACUCGUCUUAAAUUCGAAUUUACCCGUCCCUAAAUUCAUAUUCAGACGGGUUUUCGCAGACGAGUUUGCCGUCCCUAAUAUGAAUUCGGCUAUUGUUUCAGACAUCACCCCACAACGACCAAGGGUGUAAUUUCACGUGCACUGCAUGACACUAUAUGUUUAAACAUUAAUAUUCUGCAUAUAUUGUAUAUGCAUGCGUUUUAUUGUGCACACAAAAGAAUUCGUACUUAAAUUAUACUUAAUAAGGUGUUUAUGUUUCAAUGCCUCAAAAGGAAUCGAAAAAUUUUUUUAAAAGAGCAGAACUACAAUGAGUUGCUUGGCAAAAUGCUGUUAUAGAACGAUGCAUAUUUGUGCUAUCUAAAUCAAAUAAUCCUUUUCGACACGACGGCUAUUAAAAUAUUUGCAGAAAGAUAACAGCGAACUUAAAAAAUUAAAAAUGCAAAUCGCCUCUUUUAAGACUUGAGCCUUUCUCAGUUGUUGAAACAUUCUUUCAAGUGUGAAGUGGAAAUCAUUUGCUGACUGCAUGUACGAUUGUACGUGUAUAACUAGUGAAAGCUAGGGAAAAUAUAAUAAUUAUAAAUAUAAAAAAGUAUUUGUAGCACUUUAUCUAAAAAUAUGAAAUUGCAUGGAACAAUGCAUUCAUUAUACAUUCAAAGAAAACAUACAUGCAGUCACAUUGUCAUACAGGUCAAAUUAUAUAUGCUGUGUAAUGAAAUGUAUUUCACCUUUUGUUUGCCAAAAGAAAUAUAGCUCAAGCUUAGAGAAUCGACUAUGUUAACGCCUGAUAGGAUACAGUCGUUUUAAAAUGACUUUCAGUUAUAUUGAAACUUUAUAUGAUUUUAUGUAUAGCUAUAAUACUGAAUUCUCAGCUUCAUAUAAUAUAAUUUAAAACAUGAACCAUGUAUAUAUAGGCAUUAAUCAUAAAGCACGCAUGCAUGUAUUAGUUAUGAUUGGGUGCAGGCAAUUUAGAAGUAAAGGACUCAACUAUAUGUAUAGACUUUAUGGUUUGUUUUACCAGUUGCCAAAAAUUCUUAUUAAUUGGGAUAAAAUUCUUCUAUAUCUAUUUGAUAAUUUUCGGUUCAGUUAUUGGAACAUGGAUAUACAAUGUCAUAAGGUUUAAUAGAACCCACAUAUACACUAUAACAAGUUAAUCAAAGACCUGUACCUAAGUUUUGUGUAUAAACUUGUGUCUUGCAAUGCCGACCUAAUGCUAUAUAACAUUACCAAAAUGAUUUGCAUUUUAUUAAAAAUUUUCCAUUUGCUUUUAAGUCGCUUGAAAGAUGAAUACAUAAUGAAGUUAAAAUUCCUUUGUCUGUCACAAAACACACUGUCAUGCAUUUUACAGUUACAGGUGAAAUUCUCUUAAUAUAACACAUUUAUUUAGCCUUUUGUCGGUCGCUGUAUAAAUAUUGUGCUUCGACAUGGCAUUUCGAAAAAGGCUGAGUGCAUUUUCGAAUGUUGGAAAAAAGUUCGAUUUAUGUAUAAUUGCUACAUUUGUGGAACAUUAAAGAUAUACAUUCGUGUAAUAGGGCUGUAUUCGUAGAUAACUAGAAGAGCUUAGAGUUAUUGGCAUGGAUAUAGAAAUGAAGCGAUCUCAUUGGUCAAACAAUGCAUCUAAACACGUGGCGAGACAACAAAAACUGUAUGUUUAACAAAGAGGCGCAGGACGCGUGUGGCAUUUGCAAUUAGCAAUCCAUAAACCCCUUAGUUUCGUCCGGACAACGCAAGCAGCUGUCGUAGCUUGUAAUUAUAACAUUCGUGCACAUUCGACACUGCUAUCACAACACAUUGCAUAGUCACACUGAAAACAUCUCGCUGAAUUGAGCUACAAAAUUAACUUGAUUAUCGAAGCAUCGCCGAGCAAACCAGGCGAAUUUUAACGUAUAGCUACACUCUUCAUUCCAUUACAUUUCGUUUGAAGGAAUUUCGUUUUUGACCCGCGUUUACCCGGUACCUGCCAGAACCCAUCAUGCCGAAAGCUUUCCUUGUGAAGAAAUUCAAGACAUCGAAAUGGUCAACACAUGCUGCAAAAAUCGACAAGAAGCUUUUGCGUGAAAUUCAACGCGGUAGCGAAGUCGAAUUUCGUGUGAAGACUAUGAAAAUCAAAAAGAAAUCCACAAUUCCCGAAACGAAAUUCGCUACAAAGGAGUUAUUUUACGCCACCGAUAAACAAACAUCGCGACCGUCGGAGAUUCAUUAUUCGACUACAUCAUUCCAGAGCUGUUUGGACGCUUUAAAAAACCAAGCAAAAUGCUACAAGGAGGAUGACAAGCGGGGGAAAGUCGAAAAAGGUUCACGAAAUUCAACGACGAAUUCAAGCCGGCCGUUGAUCGUACCGAAUGAAAAAUUCGAAUUCCCAAAGCCGAGCGGUCCGUUGCCACAGUCACAGUAUAUUUGUCAACUUUGUAAGGAGGUCUAUCCUGAUCCGUUUGCCUUAGCUCAACAUCGUUGCUCUGGGAUCAAACAUACCGAAUACCGUUGUCCAGAAUGUGAUAAAGUUUUUAGUUGUCCUGCAAAUCUCGCUUCCCAUCGUCGUUGGCACCGACCGCGCUCGCCCGGGCAUACGGCGAAGAAGACAAACGCAGGACCGUCGAUGGAGACAGAUGAAGAUUGUAAAACGAAACCAAGAAAACUAUCCUCUCCGAAUUCGUUAACGGAGUUGCCAUUGAACAAUAAUAAUACGGAGUACGUUUGCGAGAUUUGUACGAAAACAUUCCGACGAAAGAGCUACCUGCAAAAGCACAUGAACAGUCACAAUAAAGAGCGUCCAUAUCCUUGUCAAUAUUGUGGGAAGCUGUUCCGUAGUUUAACAAACCGUGCCAAGCAUGUACUACAACAUGCAGUCGGCAACGAAACCCUGCCUUGUGAAGUUUGUAGCGAUACGUUCCCAGACAGAGAAAGUCUCGAGAAACAUCAACGUUUACACAAAACCUUCGCUUGUGCGAACUGCGAGUCGAUAUUCGCCAGUGCGCCUGGUUUGGCCAAGCAUGCAUCGAAAUGCCUGCAAGAUCCCAGCUCGAAACGACUCAGUAUUUUAGUUGAAGUUUAACUUGAGUAAUCGUCCAAGUAUCCACAGUUAAUUGUGACACUUUGGUAUGAAAAUAAACGAUUUAUAUAUAGUUACGCUACGGAGCUGAAGGAUUUAUACAUUUCCCUCCCGCGUACAGAAACAUUUAUAUUAAGAACUCUUAAUAUAUAUUGAAUAGAAUAAAGAACAAAUUUUAUUUAACAUUAUAUGAGAUUAUAGCUAUAUAUAUAUAUAAAAUAGAAUACAAAAUCGAGGUUAUUGCUGAGCAAAUUCUACAACGGCAUAUCUUAGACUUAGACUUAUAGUGUCGUUGGCAAAACAUUUUGACUUUUGUAUCAAAUAUCAAGGUUUGGUUGCGAGUGAUUUAAAGGUUUUAUUUAGAAGUACUACUUUAAUUCAGAUGAUUUUAUACUGUACAAAAUUUUCGUACAAACUUGAAUACUUUAUGAUAACUUCUGUUCUUUUCGAUUGGAAAAGAAUAUUAUUCUAUAUAUAUACAAACGGUGAAAAGCUUGCAUAGUUGUACAUAUUUGCGUUGCCACUGGCCCUUUAUCGCCUUAUUUCAACACUGUAAAAACAUUCUUUUAAUUUGGUUUUCUUGGCUUUCACCUCGGAUGCGUUAAUGUACUGAAUUUAAGAUCGACGACUAAACUGUAUAAAGUAUCCUUACAAUUCCCUUUGCAUUUGUAAAUAAUUUCGGUAGUGAAAAAAUUUGAAAGUAUAUUUGGGCGUAUUGAAAAUUAAUGAGUCUUAUUUAAAUAGUUAUAUAUGUGCCUAUCAGAAUUUGUGUAUAGGAUUCUAUAUGAUGAAAUGUGUUUAAAAAUUUACUUAAAAUUUCUUGUAGAAAAAUUUAGUGUAUCAUUAAAAAGAACUGUUAUUCUAGAUGCCUUGUGUGCUGUUUUACGGCGUGGCAAGCGAGUUUUGUCGACGCAUUGUUUCAGGCGUUGCGAAGCAGAUGUUUUCUGUUUACAACAUCAAAGCUUCUACUGCAUUUUUGAUUUGUAGCUAUGCUAUUGCUUAAAACUCUGAAAGUGGUCACGUUCGCAGUGAUUUAACAUUACACCAGUAUAUAUAUAGUUUUACUAUUGGGAGGGAAUACGUGUUUUAAAAGGCGCGCUGUAAGAAAAAUUAAACCCGAAUGAGAGCAACGCAAUUCUGGUAUGUGCGUGGAAAUACUGAAGCUGCGUCAUUACACAGCACGCGUCACUAUAUGACUUCUAAAUGAAGCUUUGCGUCGUGAAGUCAUUUUCAGCAAAAAUGCGCAAAACGUUAAAGGUCGUUUUCCACUUCAACGUAUCGUAGAAUUUUCUUUUGUGCGAAAGUCAUUAGUUCCACUCUAGUGGUCAUGAAACAAAGAAAUACGCUACGCUACGUUAUACGGUUGAAGUGGAAAAUCACCAUGCAACUCGUAUCACUACAAGAUGAAAAAUCCUCCAUCAAUGGCAGUCUAUAAAUUUUAUUUGUUUGUUGGUAAAUUGAUCAAGUCGGGUGAAUUUAGUUGACUUACCACCUAUAUAUAAAACCUGAUUCACGCUGUCAAAGUUUCUGUGAGAGUGGGAAUGUUGCAUAGGUAAAUUCGUAUAAGAUUUGAAGGAUUUGUAAGAAAUAUUUGGCGAAACUGGCUCAGUGUUUAACAUUAAGUCUGUUCCAUCAAAUAUUUCUUACAAAUCCUUCAAAACCUAUAAUUUACGUAUGUAAAAUUCCUACUGUGGUCACAGAAACUUUGAUAAUGUAAACUAGGCUUAAGCCUCUAUCCUUUGUGGCCAUGCCAAAUGAGAAUCAUCAGUUUUGCGCUUUUUGUGUCAACUUGCAUGCGCUAUAUGACGUUCAACAGACAUAGGGUCGCCGUUUGUACCUUGUGGAACCCCAGACCAGAGAUAAUGCUACGGCAUGUGGAACUGCUGUAAUUUGUUUCGAAAAAUAACGAAAUAGCAUUUGCUGCCAUUAAUUUUAAUAUUUUACAUAUUAUAAAAACAAUUAAAACAUUUCUACAAUUUUUGCUAAUUCCUAUGUCUUUAAUCGUGCAAGCGCGUGUGAAUCUACUAAUAUGGCCCUGCCUGAAAAUCUCAUCCAAUGUGAGGUGUUUUUGCACCAAAGUAGUACAACUAGAAUGCCUACGCAAAAGUGAAUACAAAUGAGAGCAAGUGAUUAUCUUGAAAGUUAAGAUAUGAUAAUGUUUAAAACGAUUGGCGGAGAGACAUGAUAGAUAAACUUAAUGUAUUUGAACAUAUGAUCUAUUUUAUUAAGUUAAAUUUAUGUUAAAACUUGUUGACAUGCGUUUUUAAUUUAAUCUUGCCCAUAUUUUAUGGACAGUUUUUCAAGAUUUGUUUUCCCUCAUGACGUCUGCCAAGUUAGCUCCCCUACACAAAUUUUGCGGUGCGAUUAACAUAACUUUUUCUUGUUUCUCGAUAGCAUGUUUAAACAUAGAAGAAAAACAUCCUACGAAUAACAACGCCAUCUUGUAAACUCAAAUAUGAGUUAUUUAAAAAAAACAAGAUACAAAUUAUGGUGUGGUGAUAUUUCGACUCUAUUUCAGGUUGUGAAUAUAUGUUUAUACAUAUAUCAUACAUUUAACAAUAAAAUUUCAGCAGAAGAUGUGUUCGCUUGCCAUUUAAUUGAAAGGACUGUGUACACAUAUACACAAUGAGACAUUUCAUUACUCUGGUUGCCAUGUGAAAACUACGUGUUCCCGCGGAGAGAUGUGUAGUACAUCAUUGAUGCUGAACAAUAGCGGGAAAAUGGCCAACAUGAACGGCUGUUAUUCGAAGACCCCCACGCUUGAUAAACUGCGCGCUAUAAAGCAUGCUGUUUUACGCGGAUUAGAACUGAUUGGAACUGAUUAGAACUACAAAUUAUCUCGAGUAAAUAUGCUAGCUUUCUUCUUAAAAUAUGCAGUCUUGCGCGAAUUUGUUUUUGUGAAGAUUUCCAUGCGUUGAAUAAUUAAUCGGUUGUGGAGUUUUUCUCACCCCCUUGAGAUGCUGUUCUAAAAAUUGUGAAUGCGCGGAUACCGAAAAUAUCUACUAGUUUUCAACUAAUAUCAUAGUCGUGGAGUGCAGUAUAAUGUCGAACGGUAGCUGUGCCAGUGUAGGUCAUAUAGUCGCAAUAAUAACAAAACUUCUGAUUGAAUGGGAUACAAUUACUGCCUGAAAAAUACAAGGAGAACUUCGACGUUUCGAGCGAUGGCUCUUUGUCGGGAAGUUAGUAGAGAUGAGUAGUAUAGUGGCGGCUACUGUAACUUCCCGACGAUCGAAGGGUCUUCGCUCGAAACCGUUGGGGUUCUCCUUGUAUUUUUCAGGUAGUUGUAUCCCCAUCCUUUCGUAAAAUGCGAUCCUAUUUUAAAUUUUGGUCCGAUUCUGGAUUAGUAUCAAAAACUUAAACAUGAAAGAUGUUAUGUCCGUUUAUAGUUUCGUUUUUUCAAUUCUUUCUAUUUUGUGAAAUUUCAAUGCUAACAUUUUUUCUUCUCUCAUCUGAAAAUACGAGUAAAAAUGUCAAUGCUUUGUCGAGUAUCUCAGGCUUGAAUUCCAGAGUGAAAAGAGUGUUGUUAUGAAACUAAAUUAAUUUUACCACGCAUACUUAAUAAGUUGUGCUCAUUUGAGUUUUAUUUAUACAGCUAUUUACUUAAAAUUCAAGAUUAGACUAUCUUUUAAUCAAGUUUACAUUUUUCUACUUAAAAACACAUGCCGUUGCUUAGAACGAAAAACUUGCCUCAAAAAAUGCAGUAAACAUUACCAUAUUAUUUUAUUAAGAUGAAUUAGUACGUCCUCAACGGAAUCGGUAGGUUAUAGCAUGUAUAUAAUUAUUUGCGCGAUAUUUUUUAUAGACCGCCUUUUGAAAACCGUGUGUUGCUCUCAGCAACGGUAUACGGAAAAUACGUCGUUCAGCUGCAGGCUGUGUUUCCACUACGGAAAAUUAGAAGUUUCCAAAUUGCGCAAAAAGUCUUGUGCCAACGUAGGAAGUGACAAUAACACCACGAAACUGCGAAUUGAGAGGGAAUCGAAUACCGCUGAAAAACACGAGCCAAACUUCGACGUCUCGAGCGUUGAAUCCCUCUUCUAUUACAGAAUCUUUCUCAGAGAUAAUAUCUGAUUCGAACUCGUAUUUUGCAGCUUUCUAGACCUCCACUCUACCCAUUAUCCUAUCAAGCCUAACGCCUGUAUUCUAAAAGCUCACUCAAAGAGUGGAGAUCAAUCUGAGCUUCCUUUGAGUGUCAGUGCUGUUUUUGAAUAGCUGGAGGGUCAGUGUCGCACCUUACUGUGCGGUGGCUACUCACCCUCCAGCUAUUUAAAAACAGCAUUGACACUCAAGGGGAGCUGAAAUUGAACCUCCACUCUUUGAGUGUGAGUGAGCUUUUAGAAUACAUGCAGGCGUAAGUGCAUAAAAUAUUUUUGAUACAGCUUAAGCUUGUCCUAAUUGGACGACGUACUACCAUACUGCAGUGUUUCAAUUAUAUGUCUGCUUUUACACAAAACUGCUUGCAAUACAAUGUUAUUGCAUGCGUGUUUCCAGUGAAUUUUUGCGUGAUUUUACUACCAGAUAUACCUAAAAAGGCAGUUCAGUUUUGCAUAUACGUACAUACACGUCAUAGAAAUAAUAGAUAUAGAUUGCAUACUCUUAUCUUUUCUCAGUAAGACCUUUGUCUCCACAAAAUGGCGGAUUUAUACAGACGGCAUUUUGGUUCGUACCAAUCUCCUGUGCCAAUUGCUUUUUUCAACAAAGUUUGCAAAAAAACAUUUUUUUAUCGAGACUUAAAAUGGAAAAGGUUUUGUGUCGGAGAUAAAGGUUUUGAAAACCCAUUCCAAUUGUUUUUUAUGGAAAAACAAUCUAUUAUUUUCUAUAAUAUACGAACGAGAAAUGGAAUUUCAUAUCGCAUUAUGCCUAAUAUAAUUUAACAGAUUGAGAGCUUUUUGUGUUAUUUUAAUGACCGUAAAACAGCUGAGAUAUCGUUAUUACACAUCUAAUAUUAUCUAGCCAGCAUUUUAUGCAAAUGAGAGACGCUCCACUUAGAUAAUUAAAUAUGGCAAUCGAUAUUGUGUAUUGUACUUUCAAUGCAAAGAAUGAAACGAUUAAAAAUUAGAUACUUGUAUGGAAGGAAACGUAUUAUUGGGUGAAAAAACCACGAACUCCAAUCGUGGUUGCAGUAACCACAAAAAUUCUGGGAAGCUGCACAAAAAUAUUGUUUUCCUUAGGAAAGGAACUAGAUUGAGUUCUGAAAUAUCAUAAUACAUUUGAUACAUACACACAUUAUUCAGGCACUGCUUUUCAUUGACCGAUAGCACAUCGAGUAUUAUACGCUUACUAUGAUUACAUAUUUAGCCUUAUAGACUAUUUAUCUUUACAACAAUUGUGAUAUCAAUUUCCUAACUGUGUUUACCCUAACACACCCUGUCAGUUUUCCCUGCGGGUGGAAACCGGAGCACCCGGAGAAAACCCACGACUUUUGGCAGAGCGUUGACAGAUUCUUGUCACAUAAAUGACAUGAGUCCAUUGGACGACUUGCGCUUUAGAAAAAAUUUAAUCUAAGUAAGAACAACGAAAUCUAUCACCACAGCUAGAAAGAGCGUCUUGGAAUUAGUAAUAUUACAAAGUUUAGUUGCGAAAUGUUGUAAAAUACGGAAAAUAUAGCCCUUCAAAGUUGGCAAAUUUGUAUACUUUUUUAUUACGUGCGUGAAUUGGUAACUAAAUUAGUUACCAAUAUAUUUCCGCACGUAAUAUAGAAGUGUAUACAAAUUUGCCAACUUCGCAGGGCUAUAUUUUCCGUAUUUUACAACAUUUCGCAACCAAACUUUGCAGUUUUUCUAAUUUUGAUAACUUCUUUCCGAAAAUAUCCUUUGUUAUUCCCAGAUUAAAAUUUUUUCUAAAGCGCAAGUCGUCCAUUGAAGCCACGAUCUCAGAGGUGACAGGCGCUUGCUCUCACGACUGCACCACAUCGGAAAGCUGCAGAUAGAGAGGGAUUCAAGUACUUGAAAAAUACAAGCAAAACGUCGACGCUUUGAGCGGAGGCCCUUUGUCGGGAAGUCCAUGUUUUGCUUGUAUUUGUUAGGUAGUUGAAGCCCUCUCAGCUUUCUGGUGUUAUUGAAACCGUUCAACUUCACUACAAAACCCCACGAGUGCUUAUUCAAUAGUGAAUGAAUAUUAUCUGCGCUGGACCCUCUGUUUUUGAUUGUAUUGAAAUCAUGUAUAGUAAUGAAAUAACAAAUGUUUCAAAUAUGCCAUGAUGUGACCUACGCAGAGUUUAGUGUCUUAGACGAAAACACAUCCGCAGGCAAGAGCAUAAAUUCUCAUUGAUGCUUACAAAGACACAAAGAAAAUUAGCUGCAAACAUGCCGAUACAGACAUUUUUAAAGAGCUUUCAACAAAGAAACACGCGCCAACGUAAUGGAUGGUUGCGCACGAGUAGGUUUGAAAACGUGCAAUGAAAACUGAAAAGAAUGAAGAGCCGGGUCUCCCAGGAGAGUCAAUGUUCCUCUUUUAACUUGAAUUCAAAGUUUUCCUUUGUUCCCUCAGUUCCAAAAAAAGAUUUCAUCACGUUCCCUUAAUGCUCCCUGUCUGUGAUUUGUAAGUUUUGUUCCUGUAUUCCAUGCAGUGCAAAGUAUGCCUUGUUUAGUUGUUUCCUUGUUCUCUGAAAUCCUCUGGAUCUGGGAAACCCUCAACUGAUGAACUGAGACUUGCGUGCAAUGAAAAUUGAAAUGAGUUCUGAAUACGAAGAAAUUCCAAGAUCCGUGCUAGGAUUUAUCGGCUUGGAGUUUUUAUGGUUUACUUGUUUUUGAGUGACCUCGGCACGGGAGACCACCAAAAUACCCGUAGUUUAAAACUGCAGGUUGCACCAGGCCGAGAAGAACCUCAGUCACUGGACCUCCGUGGAGGAGAGUUUAAUUUACAACUAAUAAAACUACCCAGUAUAAAUAAAGUUUAGUUUAGCAAAACUACUCAGAAAUUGGCUUAACAUUGUUUUAGGUUCACAGUGCGUGUGGAGUUCGGUAAAUAUGCAGAUGAAUAGAGAUUAGAGGAAGAACUUAUUUCGCUGACCUCAGAAUGACAUUUCGUCGAAACUUUUUUCUUCAAGAUUGGUUUAGAAACAAACUUGGAGUAGGGUUAGGUUAGAGUUGGUGUUUGGAAUAGGGUUAGUGUUAGUAAAACCGUUGCUUUGUUACGUUUUGUCACUCUGAGGCCAGCGAAAUAACCUCUUCCAUGAAUAGAGGCCGAGAUCUUUCGAUUUGGAGAAAUAUGUUUUAAAUACGUUUUUUAGAGCAAACAGUUGUACAAAAUAAUUGUUUUCUCGGUUGUUAAACAACUUGGUGUUACAACACACUAAUAUCAUGCCGGCAAAUAUCAUAUCAAUGUUCUUUCCCUACUCAUUAUACUUAUAGCGUAGGAAACAUUUCCUCAGGGCAUCUUUAUGUUCUUCAUAAUCAAAUAUUUGACCUCGUGCACUAUUCAAAUAUUCAUUGUUACCCUACUUUUUACUGUCAGCUGUAAUCCUCGUAUAAUAAAGUUGCUUACUUACUUAUUGCAGUUAGUUAUGGUAAGCGAGUCACUGACAAACGACUAGCUGUCAGCUAGAAUAAGACUAGGAUCUAGUUUUGAAGGCUGGAUCACAGCCACACCACUCAGGCUAGUUUUGAUAUUGUAUUAAAUGGCAAAGCGAGGGAAUGUGUGAGAUUACCCGUUCAAUAUUACAGUGAUGACGACAUCGUGACGUAUACAGUUAUGACGUCAUCACUAUCUGGUGACUUCUGCAUUAGGCUAAUCAGGGACGCCGGAACGAUAAAAAGGCAAAGGGGGCAAACGCACACCAAAGGGCACCUCUAUAGAUAAAAAGUUCGAAAUUUACCUGAAAAUUUUUUUAACAUGAAAUUGUUUUUGGGCGACCUCCUCCCCCCCCCCGUCGCCAAAUUUUUCGUGACGUAAAAUUUUUCCGCACAUCACCAAUUUUCUCCAUUUAUCCAAAUUUUUUUCUAAAAUCCAAAAAAUUUCUAAAAUUUUUGUAAAUUAACCUCAUUCUUUUCCAAAUUCACACUUAUUUUUGUAAAUUAACUUUCUCUGGGCCUAUAAAUUACCCGAAAAAGCAUCACUGGAAAUGUGAUUUAUCAGGUAGUAUUUUACAACUAAAAGGGCACUUCUGCCCCCCUUGCCCCCCUAGCAAGAUGGGCAGCUGCCCCUCCUGCACCCCCCCUCCCAGUUCCGGCAUCCCUGAGGCUAAUUAUAGGCUAGCAGUUUUGGAAUUUUUUGUUAUAGUGUACAUGUAAUCCAAAUACAAACAAAGCAAGAUUAAAUCAAGAGCCAUAUACACCUGUUAAGGGGUGUGUCACCAAAUACAAAUUGUCAAAUAUAUUGAUCAAAAUUUUACUAUAAUCCUCAGGUUACCAAAUGAGUUCUUUGAUAAUUUAUUCAGCCUAACACCAGACGAAUUUAUUCACCCAAGUGAUGAGCCUGAUACACCUUUGUAUUGAUAGGAAAACUAAGCUAUCUUCUCCAGAAUUAACCCAUUAAAGGUCAAUAUUUCCCUUUGACUAGUAAAAUCAUCUUGCACUAGACAUUGGGUGUAUUAUGACACUUUGCAACUCAACAGGUUAAAGAAACUUAAUAUAUUUCAAUGAGCACAACUCAACUUAUAUUAAACCUUUACAAAAUAAUAACAUAAUUAUUUCAUACAGGCUUGUAAUAUCUGUGAUGUUUUUCCCCUUGUAUACAGACAGGUCUCAGUAGUGGUCUUGGUGAUCAGAGUACAGAAAUAAUGUUCAUUCUUUUCAGACUAAAUAUAUGUGGUUGCAAACAAAAUGGGAAUACACCUGUUUGGAAAGCAUGCUAUGGAGCCUCCUUUUUGUGUACCUGACAUCAGUCAAAAUCUCAAUCAUGAAAACGAGGCUCUAUAGCCAAGGUACUUUCCAGAAGCAUGCAUUGACAGGUGAAAUUGAUUUUUUGCCUCUUAUGAAUGUCAACAUUUGUAAAGCUGACUGCCACCUGCUUGUCCUCUUACUGAAACCUGUUGAUAUCAGUAUGUUGUACAAUAUAAAUAUAAACUCCAGACCAAGUCAGGUAUUUUCAAAGACAUCGUCAUCAUCAGGAGAGCCAACUUCCUCCAACUGUAUCUGUGACUGACUUCGAAUCGAUAAACUAGUAUGACUAACAAGCGAUCCACCAGCUUCAAAGUCUGUGCUGCCAUAAUUCCAAUGGUAGAAAACAAAAAAUAUUAUAUUCCCAAACACAAGGACAAUGUUUAUUGGCAUUGCAAUGUUCACAUUUGAUAAAGUACAGUUGUCAGGGUUCCAGUUUGUUGGCUGACAGCUGUGUUGGUUUGUUGAUUGUAUUUUCAUGAUAGGGGUAAGAACUGCAGGGCCGAUGAACCUCCCGAAGGCGUCGGCAAUGUUUAGUAGUCCCAUGAAGAAUCCUCUGCGAUUCCGAGCUUGGUUGCUAUAGUCUGUCAUCUUCUGUGAGUAAUACACUAUGGUACCUGUUAAAAACCAGAUGCCACCAAAAAUGGUCAAUACCGAACCCAAAUAGAAAAAGGCAUUGUUAACUGGCUGAUGCAUGUUCAAAUCUAGCAAGAAUAUGAAACCAAUAAUGUUCGUAGCAAGACCGCAUACGCUAAGCGCUAUUGCACUCAAUUUUGAUUUUAUCAGAAAUCGAAGCAAUAGACUCCCUGCAAAGAAUGCCGUUCCAGCUGCAAUGUAGACCUUCCAUAAAUCGGACUGUUUGUGUAUGAUGUGAUACUGUGCAAAUGCAAAUGAGAACAGUUUACUGAUGACACCCCACAGGCAAAGGUUACCAAGGAAUAGUAUCAAGCCAAUCACAGCAGUAUGAUAAAUCAACCCCUUUGCAUCUUUGUAGUAGAACCGCAUUGCAGCAUGGGGUGCAAAUGGGUUCUUAAACAGGACCAACAUCAUCGGUAACAUGACAAGCAGGUCGUUCAACACAGCCACCCAAGCCGGGGUAGUGUAAAAAUUCAGUAUUUGUUCUUUUGUUGUUGCAGUUCUGUUUGAUAGACUGUCAGGGAGUUGCAGGGGAACAAAUGUUAACCCCAGAAAUGGCCCUCCUAAGUAAGCAAGCGAUUGUGCAAUACGAAAAUUCGCCACAACCCAACCACGGUCUUCUCUCGAUGUUGUAUUAGUUAUAUGAACUAUACCGAGGAUUAAACUUCCUGCGCCAAAACCAGACAAGAACCUACCCCAAACAGCAGCAUGUUUUGAGUCCAAGGUAUACGCCAAGCCGUAUAACGCGUUACCGCAAGCAUUCACGACUACAGACACGCACAAAGCGAAUUUUGUCCCUCUUCUGUCUGCCAGGUAGCCAAAAAUAGGCGAACUAACGAUCUGUGCAAGAGCAUAACUACCAAAAACAACGCCAUAAACCGAAGGUUCUCCUCCAAGAGUCAGCCAAUACUCUUCGAUUGAAACUAGCGUUGCUGAAUAGUCCAAGGACAACGCGAAACUUAGAUAGUAUAUCGUUAAACCAGACAAUAAAGUUUGUAGUGACAUCUUGUAGAAAUGUCAACAGGCCGGCGAGAAUGCUGAGAGUAAUAUCCUUUAUCGUUUUAUAUACACUUCAGUGACUUGAAUCGCAUCACUUCACAAGAAAAAAACCUGCGACCAUUUUCGACGAACUGGUUUGGCUCACUGGGAGGUAAACCCCCAAGCUAAAGGAAGUAUAAGGUUUCCUUUCGAUUCAAAAAUUCACUUGCUAGACAAUGUUGUGAAUUUGUGACACCAAUAUCGACUAAAAUUCACUAAAUAGUUUUAUAUUCUUGCAUAAUUUCUGGAAGGCGUGUUGUAUUUAAUAACGCCGCAUUCCAUAAAAUAUCGAUUGCUGAGUAAUGUAUCAAAUUUGUAAACAAAGCCGAAGGUCAGGUCAUGAUAUUUGAAUAGUCACCAGUUUAUACGUCGUUUAUAUACGUAACAAAGGAAGUUAAUAUCAAGACAUAAGUCAUAACAAGAUAAAAUCAUUGAUUAUCCAUGCAGUUAUAAACCUAGUAACUAACCACUGGCACAGAGCCACUGGUAUUCAAGCAACAUAUCAAAACAUACAAAGUUAAUAAACAAGCGAAUUAGGCACCGAAUUUGUGGGGUUUUCGUUCGUGCGAAUUAGUUAAAAUCCAUUUAAAACUUUCUGAUGAAUAAUUGAAUGAAUAAAAGCAGUAUAAAGUUUUGUGUAUGGUUUAAGGUGUAUUUGUUGCGGUAAUUAGUACUACUAUAAAAGUCAGAAAGGUUUGAACUUUCUGUACGUGACUUGGAAAAUAAGCCUUGAGGCUGGGCGUGCCUGUGCGUUUUCCUGCUUGUAUUUAUACCAAAUUAACUAUAAAGAAGUCAUUCAUAUGCCAGGGCCUGUUUAGCAUCUUUAUUAGCCUGCAUGGCAGGCGGUACGCAGGAAAUACCGCCUGCCGCAAAACUGGUAGCCUAAUAGAGCCUGUGAGCAGGCUACAAAACUGGGUGUAAAUGAACUACCGCCCCUGAAGCAUCAACGCUAUUUAUAGAUGCAUUAAUUAAGUAAAUAUUCAAAAUUAGCCACUCCCAAGCUGCUCUCUGCUCCCAAGUCACAACUGCCCAACAUAAAAUAAAUUCCUUGAUUCUCAUCACCGCCCGACUGAAUUUUAACAUCCUCGUGAAAACGUUUUAUAUUUAGUUACACAAUAUAAAUGUACCGCCAGACAAAAUAAUUCGAGACAGUUAAUUUUUUCAUAUUUUAUAUAGAGUUUUUAUUGCCAUUUUAAACUUCCAAUUUGAAACAAACAGAAUUUUGAGUGAAAUUUCAUUGUAUUUUAAAGAAACCCAGUCAUUCUGUCAUUGUUCGUGGAGAUACGAACUAUUGAUAUAUAAAUUAUAUAACUAUAAAAUAUAAAAAAUAAAUCUCCCACUGUCUUCGACAUUUCAAAGUGUAGACUGUGUCUAGUGAUGAGAAUCAAGGAAUUUAUUUUAUGUGUUAAUAUAAACCAAGCCCGUUUAGCUGCCUUAAAACGGUGGUUUAAUAAGCUCAAAAUACAAAGCAUGCAAGUCUAUACUAUAGAUUCAUCAUCUGUCAACAACCAAACUGAAAGUAUUGAACCUUAUAGAACGAUAGUUUUUAUUUGUUUACAACUAUACAUAUUCAACGGGAUAUAAGAGUUUAACAGUUAUUUGAUAAUUACUGCAUCAACCGGCCCCUUGUUUAUACUUUGGAGGUUCGUAUAUAAUAUCUAUCAAGUAUCUUUGGUUCAGAACAUGACUGAUAGGCCUAUAUGGAAAUCCCACUGUUCGAUUCAGUGAAGAAAUAUCUCCUAAUUUCUAUCGAUAGUUUUAGUAAAAUGUCAACAUUAUUGCGAUUUAUGGCCUUUGAAAGUCAAGCGAGAUGGUAUAUUAUCAAAUUAAUACGCAUGUAAUUGUCUGAACGAAAAUAUAGACUAGCCCAUACCUUUCGCCGAUCAUAACUUCGGCCCCUUCGGACGUAUCUUCUAUGUUAAAUAUUCUUGUUCGAAUCUCUAUCAAAAACACUAUUUAGAGUGUUAUUUUUCAGCUUGUAUCUUUUAAUUUGCUUCUUUUAUUAUGUUAUUCCAUAUCUGGUCUGACUUGACGUGAACUAAUUUCAAAACGCAGAGUUUCAAAACGUCAAAACAUUUGGUUAAUGAUUAACAUUUAACCGAAUUUAGCCGUUGAUUGACAACUACAUAAAAAUACUAACCAAUCCGUUUUUCCCGUUCACCAGCGGACGGGUAAUUCAAAAAACCCUAGUUUUGCGGCAGACGGUAUUUCCUUUGCUUCCCUAAUUUUCGCUGCCCGUAGAAAUACCGCCUGCCAUGCAGGCUACAUCUUUAUUUAUCCCUCACUCCUCUAGGGAGGUGCCCUCAACCCACAGCCCCAAACAGAUUAGCAGGGCAAGGGCCAACACCCCCAACACCCCCUUGAUGUUUUCAACUGCUAUUUUUAAUACUAUUGUUGAAUUCCCAUUCGUGUAAUUGUGGAUUCUGGAUCAUACUGGUCCUUUCCAGUGUUAGUACAUACUUUUCCAGGCAGUUCAGACUUCAGACACAAACCAUAUGGAAGCUUUUAUAUAAAGCCCCGGUCAAAUGAGGAUAAGAGUUGAUGACGGUUGUCAUUCACACAUUGAACUAUGGGGACAUAUCAAGCUCUAAAUGAACAAAAUCAAAGUUUGAUGAGUGUUUCAACUAUAGCUAUGUUUUAUAGAAUACAUGACAAAUCUCAUGCACUCUCAUCCCCGAGCUUUCUAAAUUGCAGAUCUCUCCCCCUGGCCUGUGCAUUUUUGGUUCCCCCUCCCCCGUCGUUUAUCAACUCGCACCAGUUCUCAAAUCACGGCGCGGUCGCCAAUUAAAAACCUGAAAACCACCAAAAAAUUUUCAACAUGUCGAACGACGAAAUAGUAAUAAGAAGCCGUGGAUCACGGCCAGCUAGGAACGAAGAACCAGCACAAAACACAGAGAAUGCUGUCAACGAAGCACAACAAAAUGCCGUAGAACAACCAGAACAACAGCAACAGCCACAAGAGUCGGUAUGGAAAACAAUUUUGACACGAUUGUUCGUGUUUUGGUUGAUAUCACAGUUCUUCAAAAGCCGGCAAAGUAAUACGAAUCAAACUGGUAUAAGAUCCUCACGGAACCUCUUCCCGCUCGGAACUUCAGUGGUAUGUUGUAUAUUUAGAUAGAGUUUUUGAUAUUAAAUGUAUAUUAACAAAGAUAGUCUAUAUAUUACCCACGUGUUUAUGUGGUGAUCACGUGAUCACACAUUUUAAAAAGUCGGAUUUUUUUGUACAGUCAUUGUGGAUUUAAUAGGGUCAGGGCACAGAAUAGAGACUUUAUAGAAUUCUGAUUCAGCCAAUAAAGCAUAACUGCCGCCAUGCCUUGAUUCGCAAUGAUUCAUCAAAAUGCACUCGCCAUGUUUCUAGUUGAAAUGAAUAUAACUGGAACGCUACCUUCAGAUAAACUGCCUAUCUUUUUCUUGAAGCCAAAUCUUGACUCCAAGACAUGCAUGUCUGGGGGUCAAGACCCGCAUGUUCAUAUCAUGAUUGACUGAUUGAGCGCUCUUCACAUGCGUGAAAAGACUGAGACUGGCCUUCAAGUUUGGCUUCAAAUUUCCGGUUGGAGGUAUAAAGUACCAGUUCUAUUCAUUUCAAUGUGGAAACGUACACGAGGCAUUCACCCCCCUGAACGUCCACCAUAUUGAAUAUUUCCACGGGGGUGAAUGCCUCUUGUAAGCUUUCCAGCUUAUAUGAUAAUCAGUUGAGGGUUUAUUUCAUUCACUAGAAGUGAGACUGAUGUAAAUGCCAAUUACUGAGGCUAAUACUAUAAAACCAAAUAAUCAGCCAAUUAAUCACCUUGGUAUUCACAUGACAAGUGUUUGUUCCUAGGACUUAUGGGUAUAUCUCUCACCAGAGGAGGAAAUAUUCAGGGAUCAAUCACAAGUUGAGGACAAAAAAUUAAUUUGGUUUUUGAAAGAACUUAAAGUUGGGAAUUGGACAUCAGGACCAAAUAAUGAUGGUUCACAUUCAUUUCAUUAUCAAGUCAAGACGUCAAUGGUAAUGUCGACAGUUCUGGUACUGUAACCAUUAAAUCAUGCCUGGUAGCGCACAUGCCUAUAUAUAAAUAAUGUAUUCUCUAACAAUGUAUUCUCAGAGAAUAUUUUCUGCUUCUUUCAUUCCUCAGCCAGCAAAAAAAUAAUGUUCACUUCUUUGAUAAGUUUGUACACAUAGACACACCUUCCUUGUGUUCAUCAAAAUAGAUGAACAUCUUAAUAAAUUAUCUCUCUAUUUACCAUGUUUUAUCCACAAGCCAAUUAUCAGACAAACUAUCUGUUAACCAGCCAGCCAUUCUUUUGGUUUAAAUAAAAUUACUCUCUUCUUUUCCUGUAGGAAAUGCAAAACAAUGGCUCUUUAUAUCUUCAUGCAUUUAUUACAAAAUCUGGAAGUCCUCCAAAUCCUCACCAACCUGGUUAUAAGAAGCAAGACGUGGUUGGAAAAAUAAGAUGUAUGUUCAUGUUAUUAGUUUUUAUUGCAAUCAAAACAGGAAAAUUUCUGCAAAUAAUUUCUUGUCUAAUUAAGAUAAAAAGAAUAUUUAAAAAGUAUAGUCAAUAUUUAGAUUUUAAAGAAUAGUUUUUUUUUAAUUCCUACAGUAAUGACAGUUUAUCGUAAAAGAAGAAUUCACAAGACUAAGAAUUUAUUGACUGGUGCAGCUGAAAUUCAGUCAGACGCAGUAAGUUGGACAUUAUAAUCAUUAUAAUAGUGUAUUUUGUCCCAAUAAUCAAUAGUGAAAUUAAUUUUUAUAUUUGAUAGAAAAUAGGUGAUAAAAAUACUCCAAUUGAAUUAAUAUCAUACUGGCAUCCAAAUCUCACCAUAAAUCUUCUCGAUGAUCAGACGCAGUGGACGAAAGGAAGUGUGCCUUCACCUCUUGAUGAAGGUAAAAAAACAUGUGUAAAAGAUCACUUUCCAGUGGCAUAGCCAGAAUGAGUUCUGGGCGGUCAGCUUCGUUGCAAAUGUGCCCCUCCUCCUUCCUUGAAAUAAAAUAAAGUUGAUUGAAAUUGUUUUUUAAUUAAUCUAAAUUUCCUAAUGGUAGCUUUUUAAAACAUUCCCAGAUUCCCUACAGAUUAACCCCAUUGAGUCGCAAUGCGCCCGAGUGAGCCCUACUUAUUUUUUUAUGUGUCUGACGCCAGAUGACUUUACUCAUCAGUGGAGAAGCUCUGCAGCUUAAUGGUUAACCAAAAAAUCUGACAAUGUCUCCAGUUAACCCAUUGAGCCGAAGUGUGCCCUACUGAUUUUUUUACUUGUCUAACACUAGACGAUUUUACUUAUCAAUGGGGAAGCUCUGCAGCUUAAUGGGUUAAAUAAACUAUAAUAUUUUGACUGGAUGCCCUGCAUAUAUCUGAUAGGUUUCAAUCAAUAACCAAACUAUGGACAAAGAAUGGGAAACAUUUUAGUCCCUCGUAUAUGGCUUUUCUGGAGUUACUCGAAAGUCUAACUAUGUCUCUGACUCUAAGAACUUGUAGAGAAUCAUUUGGAAAAUUACACUUAGUCUAACAGUUUGUAACCGAGUGUUCAGUUAUAAAGUUAUCAAAUAUUUCUCUCUGUUUAGUCAUUGAGUUUGAUAAUGAAACUGGCAGUUAUUAUCCUGUUAUGUAUCUAAAUGAUUACUGGAAUUAUUUCAGUGACUAUAUGCCAGUCAAUGAGACAACAAAGUAAGUACUUAAUAUGCUAAGACUAUUAUUAUUAUUUGUCUUCAAGGUUCUUUAAUAGCACUAUUUCUUUGAUUAAUUACAAAGCAGUUUUAGAAUAAAAUAUAGAACGAAAAGAAAAAGGAUGAUAAAGUCAAUAUAGUGGUAGUGGUUGUCACAGUGGUCAAAGGAGCAUAGUUUUCUAGUUGACCACUGUCUACUAUUUCAUGAUAUUAACUGAAUGAGAUAAAACCAAAAGAAACAAAUUGUGUAUCUAAAUAACACACAUUACAGUACAUAAUAUAUAACCAAGACUAUUUGCAAUUUAUUAAUUCAUCAUUUUUCUAAAUUUGUUCAGAUAGGAGAAAUAUUGAGUAUUGUCUUUUAAAUAUACCAAUUGAUUCUGACCAGCAAAACCAGUAGAGUUGGCAAGUCUGCACAUUGAAACUCACUAAUUAAAUUUCUUACCCCCCAUGUAGAGUUCUAGAUCUUUAUCUGACAUAUGCACCACUGUCAUUGUUUAAAUGGCAAAUGUUUGAAUCUCAACGAAUGAGAAAGAAAUGGUUUGCCGUUCUUGGGGAUGAGUUUCAAGAUUCUGAAGACGAUCAAGACUCAAUGAAGGUAGUUUAAAUGGGUUUUUUUACAGCAUUGGCCUUUGUAGUGAUCUGAUCUCGGUGUAGCCUGCUCGCAGCCUGAAAUAGCAGGCUAAUCUCGGUGGAGCCACCUAACUUGUCAAGAUAUUUAGAAACUUAUUAUUUUAUUUAAACAGAAAACAAUGGCAGAGACAAGUCCAUACUUGUUGGCUUUGACAGUUAUUGUAUCUCUUGUUCACAGUGUGUUUGAAUUCUUGGCUUUUAAAAAUGGUAAGCAUUUUGUAAUUUUCUGAGCAAACGUUCAACGAAAAUUUUGCCAAGAAAGUUCGAACCUGUCGUUUGCCGUUCCCCGAAACGUGAAGUAAGAACUCCCUAAUUUUCAGUCCUGACCGCGUAAUUGCACAAUUGUAUUGAACAGACCUGGAAAAAGUGUUCAAUGUCCCUCGGAUCCUGAAUUUGGCUUUUUCAAAUGUUCCUCGAUUAUAUUGGUUGUAAAAUUGCUGAGCAAACAAAACAAUCUUCAAAUUCUAUUAACAGGAUAUGAAGAACACUUCGCAGUCUCAAAGGAACGUGUGAAGGAAUGUUGAUGUCAAUGAUGAUUUUUUCUUUCUGUACAUAGAUGUUUUUAAUUUCUUCAAAGAAACGUUUCCCGGUUUAUGUGUAGGCAUGAUAAACACUGAACGCAGAAGAAAUGCAAGAAAGUAAAUUUCUACCACAAGCUUUCACCCACAAUAUGGUGUAUAUUACAUGAAAAAUGCCGUAUAUUACAUGAAAAUUGCCGUAGAAUUGGCGAAAAUUGCCGUGGAAAGCCGCUGCACUUCUACGGCAAUUUUUGACAUCAUGGCCUUGGAGAGGGAAAUUCCAGGCCUGAAUAUAUAUACUGUAGUUUUCUUUUCUUCAUUUAGAUAUUCAGUUCUGGCGUUCUCGCAAAUCUCUUGAAGGUUUAUCUGUUCGCUCUGUGUUUUUUAACGUCUUCCAGUCCGUGAUUGUACUGCUGUAUAUUUGGGACAAUGAAGCCAAUAUCGUAGUUAUUAUCAGCUGUUUCGUAGGUCUCGUUAUAGAAAUAUGGAAAAUACAUAAAGUUGUCGAUGUUACGGUGAGUCAUUAGACAGAUUUAGAUGGACGACGUGGACGUCAAAGACGACGUGAAAAUGGCGUCAAAAUGACGUGGCAUAUCCAUAUAUGGACACAACACGCCAUUUUCACGUCGUCUUUGACGUCCGCGUCUUCGAUCUAAAUCUGUCUAUUUGUUUCAAGUUACAAAGCCUUUUCAAUUGAACAUUCCGAUCACCGGAUCAUGACUGGAUGGAGAACAGUGAGAUUUUCAAAACAAUGAAAAGACAAUGGGACAUUCCGAUCAAUGGAUCAUGACUAGAUGGCAUGGAGAACAGUGGAAUUUUAAAAAACAAUGAAAAGACAAUGGAACAUCAAAGAUUUUCUUAUUUCUUUUAUCAUUUUUUCGCAGAUUGACAGAGAAAACCCGUUAUUUGGGCUUAUUCCUCGCAUAAAAAUCACAGAUAAACAAUCGUAUACGCAGUCGGCCACCAGACAUUACGAUACGGUAGGUUUUGCAUGCGGCUGAGACGACAAGCAGAAAGCUGCAGUCUUGCAAUUAUGCCAAAGAAAUACCUGGCUUUCCGCUUUCCCGACCUUACCUAGCUUGUGACCUAGCUUGUGGCCACUGAAAUCACCGACCCUACCUAGCUUGUGGCCACUGAAAUCACCGACCCUAAUCUUUUUAUCUGACGUUUGCAAAGAGUUUGGAGCAAUUUUGCACAUCCAGUUCAUGGCAUUAGUUUUGUACUAUCUAUAUAUAUAUAUAAAGUAUAACAUGUUUGUUUCAAAGUUGAUUAACAUUUAACAAAGGUUUGUACCAUCUAUGCUGCCGUGUAAUUGACGUAGAAUAUCUGAUAUACCCUACCUGCAUGAGUUUUGGCAACAAGAAAUAGAUAUCCAAGCAAUGUUUGGCCUUAUACAAAAGCGCGACUCGAAUGUAUUUCUUUCUCAACUUUUAGUUGGCAUUUAAGUAUCUUUCGUGGCUUCUCUUCCCGUUGUUAUUUGGCUACUCCAUAUAUUCAUUAUUUUAUCAAGAACACAAAGGAUGGUACUCGUGGGUAUUAAGUAUGCUUUAUGGCUUUCUUUUAACUUUUGGUAAGUUUUCUUUGUGUAUAUAUAAAUUCUUUAUUAAAAUUGCCGUGGUUUAUGUCUCAACUACUUGGGGGGAAAAUUAAAACACUUUUAAGUGAAGGUCCACCGGUCCGAAACGUUGCGAUAUACAGACUUUUUGACGAAGGUCCAUCGUUUGAAUUGAAAUUAUUUUAAAUUUUUUUCGGCAAAUUCAGACCUACGUGAUACAUGCCUGUAGAAAGUAGGAAGUUAUGGAGCGACGCUACCUCCAAAAUCUAAAGGGCCAACUCCAAACCAAAAUAUACACUUGAAUAACUUGUGUAAUUCAAAACGUAUGAGUUGAAAUAUGAAUUGUGGAGUUACUGGCAAACUCCAAAAAUCGUUUGGAGCUAGGUAUAACUCCAAAUUUGGCAGCUAACUGAGCUAAGCAUCAUUUAGGUGCUAAGCAUCUAAGCCUGGAGUUACUGGCUAACUCCAAAAAUCAUUUGGAGCUAAGAAUAACUUCAAAAAUCAUGAAAAAACUAGGUACCUAAGCCUUGAGUUACUGUCUAACUCCAAAAAGUAUUGUGUAGCGAGGCAAGCCAGCCUAUCCGCUAGGUAUGUAUAAAGCUUGAAGUUACUUGCUGUGUUGCUAAUUCCAAAAAUCAUUUGGAGCUUGUUAUCUAAGCCCGGAGUUACUGUAUAACUAGAAUAACUGCAAGAAUGCACUCUCAGAAUGCACUUCUAUACUUGGCACACUUGGCAUUGUGUUGUCGUUCAGAGGCUAAAUUUUGAUCUGCAGUUGCGGCAAAUGCAGCGCAACUGCCGAUCGUACCUGCUACCCUUGUCAUGCUCUGUUGAUCGCGUGUAAGACGGGCUCUGGGUACGAGAAUGUGGCAUAGUCUAGCUCCAUUUAAAGAUUGGCUACCUCCACAACAAUAAAAUCUACAGGUAUGACGUGGUACGCAUGCAUGUUGUUUAUAUGUGUUGCCUCUCGCAUGCCUUGUUCACUAUUCUGAUAUGAAACAUUGAAUGGAGUAAAGGUAACAAAGCAUUUGAAUUAGAUUUGUGAAUUAAUUCGGUGGCAAACUGCAUGAGCACGCGUCAGCUGAUUAGCAGGUCUUUGCAUAAAUCAUGACGUCAGAUUAUGACGUCACGUUGUGACGUCACGCGUGUAAGAAUUGAUGUCUGUAAUCAAUAGAUUAAUCGAAGUGUUCUUUGAUCAAAUAUUUUUUAAAUUUGUGAUCAGACAUUGAUAGUGUCCUUUGUUUAUUUGUGUUUGAUUUUAGUAUACCUGUACGUUAUGCAGUCAAAAAAUUUUCCAAAACAUUGAUCAAAGAAGCUUUGUUGGUCUAUACCAGUCCGAGAAAAAAUAAUCCAUUGUUUUUAAAUUGUUUAUUGAUAUAUACAGAAAGAUAAGAAGUACAAGAAUGGGUGAUAUUUAUAUAUACAAAAAUUAUUGAUUUAUUUGUUCAUUGCCUUAUGAAGUAGAUGUCCCAACCCCCACCCAAUAUCACCCAUGUCUAUAUCAAUUGUUACUGUUCAAUAUCCUGUUUAUAUCCCACCCCGACUAUCCCAUGUUUGUAGAAGUUCAAAAAAUAAAAGUUCGUAAGAAUGAACCGACGCUGGACCGGAGGACUUGAUCUUUCGCUCGAAGGAAGAAAGCUUAGUUGUAGUUCACUUUCUUAUUCAUCAACAUUCUCCACAAUGUCGCUUCCCUCGCCGUCUUCUGCGACGACAUCGUUGUUACUUGGUUCCGUGGCGUCAGGUGUAUCAUCUUCCGACACGCGUGCUAUAACCCCAACACGUACGACUUCACUCAGUUGAGGUACUAAAGGUUGAGAGAAAGACACGUCAACGCAAGCCAUGUCGUCUUCGACGUCGCCGUUCAAAUCCUCUUGCAGUUCGUUUCGCACUUCGUGAGGUUCGCUGGCGAUUUGAGGUUCCUCGCUGGCUGUGCUUCCAUCCUGGUUGGCGGAAAUUUCCACUUCCUUUUCCGUAUCAACUGUUUCCGUGGCAACCGAUUGGUCGGGCAACUUCACGGCUUCGGUGAUGAUGGCUCCACCUUCGGCUUCAUCGUCAGCUUCGAUAAGGUUUGCUUCGGCACCAACUUCAAAACUAAGCGACACUUGGGAUGGUUGUGUAGCAAUGGCGGACUUGGUGAUGACGUCUAAUUGAACAUUAUUGCUGACGUCAGAUUGGACCUUGUUAAUUACGUCAGCUUUAAUUUCAUUGGUGACGUCAGCUUCAAUCAUGGCGUCAGCUUUGAUCAUGGCGUCAGCUUGAGCUUCGGUUUGGAGUGAAGACACUUUCACGUCAUUGCCAACUUCCAGAACGCCUGUGUCGACUUCGUUUCCGACUUUGGCAGCGUUCUCGUUCGGCAAAACUUCGCUCUUUGCCUUCGAGGCUUCGCCCUCGGCUUCGACUUUAUCACGAACAGCAGCCGGCAGCUUUGCCUUUUCUGCUUCAACUUCGCGUUCAACGUCAGCAGCCCUUGGCAAAAGUGCUUCUUUUGCGGCCUCGACAACUGCCUUGGCAUCGUCCUUGCCAUUCGACAACUGGCUUUCGCUGGCGUUGCCUUUGAUUGGCUCCUGGCUUUCAGCCUUGCCUUUGAUUGGCUCCUGGAUUGCAGCCUUGAUUGUCAUUGGCUCGUCUUGGUUUGCAUCGUCUUGCAUAAGUGUUUCUAACGAUAUUUUUUGAGGUUCAUCGCCGCCACCUUGCUUUGCCGAUGUCGUUGUUUUCACCUUGUCUGAAUCACCAGCCGCACUCGUUGCUGCUUUGUUCUUCAGAGCUUCUAACUUGGCUGCAAAAUUGAAAAAAAAUAAAGAUGAGCAUAUAAACUAAACAAGCUAACUUUAGGAACAGUAGCUCUAUCAGUCUCUAAACUGUUCACAUUAGAGCUGCAGUAAGUCACAAACGCAGCUAUACCUUUUUCCCGCUCUGCUUUUUCCUGAGCUUUACGGGCGGUGACGACAGCGGGUUCCUGACCACUCAUAUCUGAUAGUCCACCAAUGCUGAAGUGAAGAUUACUUGGAAUUCCCGUUGUCAACGAACUGUUAGUCUGCAACCAGAGAAUAUCAUCUUGAUUGACCUCAUUAAGAUCGUCCUUCUUCCGAAAACAUCCGAAACAUCCACCCAUACUUGAAAUUUUCCAACAAUAACUCGCUUACUCACAAUGAGAAAGAGAACCGUAUUCCGCGAAACGCAACAAUACAGUGACUUAAUUAAAUUGUGUCGUUCUAAUUUAUUGAGCAAUUAAUUAGCGCUUUAAUUGAUACGUAAUUUCCGGUUGUGGAAACUAAUUACUGGAAUACGCUGAUCUGAAUGUUGACUGGAUAGAGCAAAACCAGUUAGACAAUACUAGAAAUACGUCUAGCCGCCUGGGGGCCAAUUGGGAAAAAUAUUUCUCUUUGUAGGAAAACUAGUGGGGUAGCAUCGUUGCCCGCAGAUCAAAUCGUUGCUGAGUAAACUGCUAAAUUAGAUAAUAAAUUAUUUAAGAUUUAAGUGUAUGAGAAACAAAACACUUAACGAAAACGAAUCAGCCCGCCACAUGUAAAUAGCCCCAUAGGAUGAACUUUCAAAUAGAAACCAAAUGCUUUUGAAUCGUUGGCAAAAAUGUUGCUUUCUCGGGACAGAUCAUUUGGCUUUCCUUACAAUAUUUUUACCGUGGGCCUGAUCCAAACAAGGGAACAUUUUGGGAAGCAUCAAUAGCUUUCAUAGUUUUAAUAACUUUGUAUAUUUCGUUUAGGUUUUAUAAUGAUGACUCCUCAGUUAUUUAUCAACUACAAAAUGAAGUCUGUUGCUCACUUACCCUGGAGAAUGCUCACUUAUAAAGCACUCAACACAUUCAUUGAUGAUCUCUUCGCUUUCAUUAUAAAAAUGCCGACUUUGUAUCGUCUGGGCUGUUUACGAGACGGUGAGUUGAGAACUUUAUGCAGUGAGGUAUCGGUUUAUUGUAGAUAGAUUACAUAGAACAAAGUUGUAUUAGAUUAUACCUCAAAGCUAAAAUAAAGCUGGGGAAAUUGACAACCGGAACCCCUAAAUUUAGGGGUCCCGGUUCUUUGUCGGCAUGUACGAUCGAUAAACGUUAAACCAAUCACAGCACAGGAAAAAUUCAAUUUCCCCAGAGCCAAUGCCAUCCUAGCCCGCACACAGGCAUUGCUCUGGCUACGAGAUUGGUAAGGGACACCCCUUAACUAAACUAAGAUAGCUUCAUCGAACUGCCUGGAAACUUUCUUGACCAGUGAUAGUACUGAAGGAGAAAAACCGCUGUGUUUGUUAAUCCAGCCCCCCCCCCCCGGCAUCUGACGUCCGUGUUGACAAAAAUGUCGCUUGCUUAAACUCCCUAUUGUAAUCGGACAUUCUGUACUACAGGCCACAGAAGUGAAAAUCUCACGCACCAAGUCCUGUGUUUUAAGGUUACAGAACACCUUUGAGUGUUAAUUUUGCCUAAAUUUCUUUUAUUGGUUUCCAUGAAAGCAUUAGACUAGUUCUACUAUCUGACCAAGUUUGAACGAAAAAUGUUGAAAACUCGCAGAGUUAUUUAAUAAAAUACAUUUCGCUUGCAAUAACAAAAACAUUGAAAAUGUAAUAUUCAAAUUCAAUUUUCUCCCGAAGAAUUUUACGGUAAUUACUGAUUUUCAAACGAGUUGUGCUCCUGCGGGUUUUAACCAAUUUUUCUCAAAUUUUCACAGGACAUAGCUAAAUACGUCAGUUUCAAAAUUGUUUGCGGCUUUUUUUAAUUUUGGAUAUUUUAAAAAUAAAGAGCAAUUCACUCAAAGAAUUCAGAAAUAUAUUGCAGUCGUCAAAGAAAUCGCCAUAUCAGCGGAAUGACGAAAUAAACAAAAAAUUCCGAACACAAUUUUUUAGAACAACUAUUUUACUGUAUAAAAAUGAUAUUUUAAUAAAUAUAACUUAAAACCAGCAGGAGCACAACUCAAAAGCGUAAAGGUACCGCGAUUUAAGAUUUUCCUGAAUAAUUCUUACAUUAUUUUAUUGUUUGUUAAUUUUACAACUUUACCAUAUUUUGCAUGCACUGGAGAACAUUUGGUGAAAAUUUGAUGAAAAUCGGACUGAUAUUGAGCGCGCAGUAGCGAUUUUCCGCAAAACGCCAAAAAGGGUGUCCUGUGUUACAAACACCCAGUCUCAAAACAAUAUCUGUUUUUUUAAACAGACGUGAUAUUCUUCAUAUAUCUUUAUCAAAAAUGGAUCUAUCCUAUCGACUACAAACGUGUCAAUGAAUUUGGAGUGAGUGGUGACGAUCUACAACAAUUCGACAGCAAUGGAGUUCUCGUCAAAACUGAUGAAACUCAAGCGAUUGGGACCUCCAAUGAGUCUUCUGAAAAUGGCGAAGUCCAUGCAAAAAGUGAAUAA